AUGCGAAUCACCCUGAUUCUGGCCAUCCUACAAGGCUGUGUUGGUGUGGAUGAAGACGAGGCUCCAGCUGUGUUAAUGUAUAUCUAUCUGCUGUUCCAGCUGUGUUGCUGUGUUGGUGUGGAUGAGGACGAGGCUCCAGCUGUGUUAAUCUGUGUUGGUGUGGAUGAGGACGAGGCUCCAGCUGUGUUAAUGUAUAUCUGUGUGUUCCAGCUGUGUUGCUGUGUUGGUGUGGAUGAAGACGAGGCUCCAGCUGUGUUAAUGUAUAUCUGUGUGUUCCAGCUGUGUUGCUGUGUUGGUGUGGAUGAGGACGAGGCUCCAGCUGUGUUAAUGUAUAUCUGUGUGUUCCAGCUGUGUUGCUGUGUUGGUGUGGAUGAGGACGAGGCUCCAGCUGUGUUAAUGUAUAUCUGUGUGUUCCAGCUGUGUUGCUGUUCCAGCUGUGUUGGUGUGGAUGAGGACGAGGCUCCAGACAUCGACAUCUACCACUGUCCCAACUGUGAGAAGACCGACGGAAAAUCCACCAUGAAAAACAAGAAAAGGAAUAAACAGGACACGGGACAGAGUGGAGACAUCCGAGCUGUUCAGAACGGCAGUCAGGUGUUCAUCAAGGAGCUCCGCAGUCGCACCUUCCCCAGCUCUGAGGACGUUGUGGUGAAGCUGAACGGCAGUCAGCUGACGAUGGACUACCUGGAGGAGGUUGGUUUUAACGAGCCGAUCCUGGUUCUGAAGAAGGACGGUCUGGGGAUGUCCAUGCCCGCUCCUACCUUCUACAUCAAUGAUGUGGAGAACCAUGUUGGUCCAGACGUGGGUGUGGAUGUGAUAGAUGUGACCAAGCAGACUGACAGUAAGAUGAAGCUGAAGGAGUUUGUAGAUUACUACUACAGCACCAGCAGGAAGAAAGUGUUAAACAUUAUCAACCUCGAGUUCUCUGACAAGAGGAUGGACAGUAUAGUGGAGAGCCCUCAGAUUGUGCGGAGGUUGUCGUGGGUAGAGAACUACUGGCCAGACGAUGCUCUCCUGGGGAAACCUAAAGUCACUAAGUACUGUCUGAUCGGUGUUAAAGACAGCUACACCGACUUCCACAUCGAGUGUGGAGGGGCCUCCGUCUGGUACCACGUACUCAAGGGAGAGAAGAUCUUCUUCCUGAUCAAGCCCACGUCAGCUAACCUAUCGUUGUACGAGCGCUGGAGGUCCUCAGCCAAUCACACAGAGAUGUUCUUCGCCGACCAGGUGGACAAGUGUUACAAGUGCACUCUGAAGCAGGGACAGACCCUAUUCAUACCAUCAGGUUGGAUCAACGCAGUUCUGACUCCAGUGGACACUCUGGCCUUUUCUGGACACUUUGUCCACAACCUGAGUGUUGAGAUGCAGAUGAGAGCGUAUGAGGUGGAGAAGCGUCUGAAGGUCAACUGUCUGACUCCGUUCCCCAACUUUGAGACGGCCUGCUGGUAUGUGGGACGCCACCUGCUGGAGAGGUUCAAAGUGGUGUAUAGCGUGUGUCCUUCCUACGGUCUGCUCAGCAGAUGA